AUGCCUGGAGCUAAACUUGCCCAGAGUCCAGAGGAAGUCAAUGGCGUGUGCAUUACUGAAGCCCUCAUCACUAGGCGGAACUUGGCCUUCCCUGAGGAUGAGGAUCUGUCAGAGAAGAUGUUCCACACGCUUGCUGAACUGCAGACUGUUCGCCUGGACCGGGAGGGAAUUACCACUAUCAGGAACUUAGAGGGCCUCCAGAAUCUUCACAGCCUCUAUCUGCAAGGGAACAAGAUUCAGCGAAUUGAGAACCUGGCCUGCGUCCCCUCCUUACGCUUCCUGUCUCUGGCAGGAAACCAAAUUAGGCAAGUGGAAAACCUCCGUGACCUCCCCCACCUCCAGUUUCUGGACCUUUCUGAGAACCUGAUAGAAACACUCAAGCUGGAUGAAUUCCCCGAGAGCCUUCUCAUCCUCAACCUGACUGGAAACAGCUGCACCAACCAGGAUGGCUACAGGAAGCUGUUGACAGAAGCCCUGCCACUGCUCCUAGACCUGGACGGGCAGCCUGUGGCAGAGCGCUGGACCUCGGAUGAGGAGGAUACAGCCUUGAGUGAUGAGGAUGAGGAGUUCCCAGAGCUGAGAGGCCCAUUCUGCUCAGAACGAGGCUUCCUCAAGGAGCUGGAGCAGGAAAUGAGCAAGCACCGGGAGCUCAGGCAGCAGACAGCCCUGCUGGAGCACCAGCUGAGGGUGGAGACGCAGCCCACCCUCACAGACCUGCCCCCGCUGCCGGGGGUGCCCAUGGCUGGGGACAGCAGCCCUUCCGUCACUCCCAAGCAAGAGAAAGAGACACCCCCGGAGCCUGCUUCCUUGCCACAGGCCUCCUCUACCACCAAGAGACUGUGCCCUCUGGCUCCCAGGGGCCAGCAAAGCACUGUUCAGGCAAGGAAGGGGGCCAGAGUAGCCGCAGCCCCCAGGGCCUCUCUGGCUGGGGGCCCCAGCACAACCAAAACUGUGACCAAAAGAAUCAAGAAGUGA